AUGAUAAGUACACAAACUGAUUCCACUUUAACAACAUUCUCAUUACUUGAUGCUAUAAAACGUCAAUUAUGGUCAGAUUUUAUUGAUAAUUCAUUAUUACCAUAUUAUUCAAUGAUUCUAACUCUAUCAUCAUCAUCAUUAAUAGUUAAUAUAUUAUCUUUGUUAUCAUCUCAAACAUCAACAUCACUUAUUCAAAUAUUAUUUGAUACACAUAUUAUAAAUGAAUUUCUUGAUUUUGAACAACCACGUACAUUAUAUAUUUGUUCAAAAUAUGUUCCAAUGAAUUAUUUAAUUGUACGUUUAUUAAUAAAUAUAAAUACAUCAAAUAGAAUUUAUGAAACAGGUCGUGCACUUUAUUUUAUAUUUGAUUUAAUUCUAUUUCGAAGAUGUUCAUCAACAUGUUGUUUAUUAGAACAAGUUUUACCUUAUUUAUUUAAUAUUAAAUCAAAUGAAUAUAUCACUAAUUUUUUAAUCUUUCACAUGGUUAAUUUCUUAGGUAUGUUACAUUGA